CUGUGAACGCGCCUCAGACUCGUGACCGUCAGCCUGGUAGCAGCUAUAGUUUGUUAUAAAUAAGAGCAGCAGCAGUUUCAUGCUUUAUUUCCAGGUUAUGAAAACAUGGCUGCGGAUGUGGACACGGUCGCAAGUGCCCUCGAACUCUUGGUGAAUUUAGGUCAAGUUCUUCUGCAGGAAGCUCAGCAUGACGCAGCAGCCUCACUGGAGACGUUUGUCCCCAGAAAGAUCAGCACGUUGUUCGGCCUGAUCACCGCUGGAUUGGACUUCUACAGAAGCCUCGGAGUGAAGACGAGGAGUGAAGCCGAGGCCGUUUGGCAGAAGUUUUAUCACCAUGCAGAAGUGAGGGAGAAGGUGGAGGAGCUGCUGCAGCUGGAGAGAGAGUGGGACUCCUUCCUGCAGGGCGUGGACAGAGAUCUGCACACCACCGACCGGCAGCUCUCAGGAGUGAAGACCCCCGACAGGCUGAGUCCCGACGUCACGCUCACUGACGCCCGGAGCGGAAAGAGCGUCACUCUGGGCGACUUCCUGGGUCAGAAGCUGCUGCUGGUUCUGAUCCGACAUGUCGGGUGACUGCCGUGACGAGACCACGUGGCUGAGCUGGAGGCCCGACAGGCGGACCUGGAGGCUCGCUCACUACGGGUUCUCGUGGUUUCCUUCGGCGGCUCGGAGGGAGCUCAGCUGUGGCUCCAACAGACCGGAUGUCACUUUGACAUGAUGCUGGAUCCAGAGAGAGAGAUCUACCGGAGCUUCGGCCUCGGCUCGUCCUACGCCAAGGUGAUGAAGUUCGGCUACCUGCUGGCGGUGUCAGAGUACAGAGCCGUGGACAUGGACGCCCCGGACAUCCCCCCCCGCCUGCUGGAGGACCUCUACCAGAUGGGAGGAGACUUUCUCCUGGAUGAAGCAGGACACGUGAUUCUGUCUCACCCGUCCAAGAACCCCAUGGACCGGCCGGCGGUGGCGGACGUCCUGCAGGCGGCGGCGGCGGACGGUGGCGAGUGCUCGUCCGUCUCUGCGUUGGAACAUCAGACCGUGGCCUUAAAGCUGUGAGACACGCGUGAGAACGUGUGACAUCACAGAGCCGGGAAGGGGGGGGGGACACGUCACUGACACCACAGAGCGAGAGCAGCUCUUCGUCUCACGUGAAUGACGUCACGUCUCGCUCUCAUGACGCCAUGAAGAGGCGUGGCCGAUGAAAACAGCCGUGAGACCGAGACGUCUGAUCUCCUCUGAGGUGUCGGAGCUGUGAACGGGUUUAGAUUCAGUAGAACGACUCGAUUGCAAUUGAACAUUGUCCCUGAUUUUAUAUCUAGAUUUUAUUUUGAUAGUUAUAAACAAUUCUGAAGAAGCAAAUCUAUGUUUUUUCCUUUUAACUAAUCAGAAAAUGAAUCUGUAAAACACAUCAACCUGUAGAAAAAUGUAUUAAACAUUUACAUUCCGACGAUUA